AUGGGCGCGACAAGACACAUACCGACAGCUUUAGUCCUCCUCCUAAUACUCCUUACACUGCAGCCGCCACCCGCCACUCGCGGGCAGACUUUCAACGACGUUCGUUACAAGGGCGUGGGCCUACAGACAUGCGUACCUUCCGCGCAAGUUCGCUGCAACCGGCCGUGCAACUCGACGGCUGGGACGGACGGCCGGUAUCUGGUGCCCAUCCGGUGCACGACGCAGACGAGCGUGCGACGCGCGACGACGCCGUACUGUGCGAGCAAUGCGAUCACGCGGCUGCAGUGCUGCCUCAAAUGCGUGAAUGCGGUGUCAUGCGCGUACUGGCAGCAUAUCAUCCCGCCCAGCCCCGUGUGCGCGGGUUGCGGCAUGUGCGUCAUCUACCCCGCGGCGGCGGCUGCGCCGACAUGCGCCACGGCCAACAUCACUGUCAAGAAAGUCGCUCGCUUGAACGCCAAUGUCUCCACGUAA